AUGGUUGGAUUACCAUUCCGGUCCGAAAUUAAACUUAAUGGUCGUUUUGAAAAUGAAUUAAAAAUUGGGGACAUAACGUCCAAACUGGCAUUAGUAGCUAACGAGGAAUUCCACCACAUUCUACAUGUGCGGAACACCAACACCAAUGAAAAGCAAGAGAUUAUGUUCACCCUCACCUCCAUCAAAGGUAUUGGUCGCCACUUAGUGAACAUCAUCUGCAAGAAGGCUGACGUCGACAUGAACAAGAGAGCAAGUGAAUUAACUGCUGCUGAGCUGGACAAUCUCAUGGUUGUUGUUGCCAACCAUCGACAGUUCAAAAUCUCAUAUUGGUUUUUGAAUAGGAAGAAGGAUGGCAAGUACUCUCAAGUGGUUUCCAAUGCACUUGACAUGAAGAUGAGGGAUGAUUUGGAACGACUGAAGAAGAUCAGGAACCAUCAUGGUCUGAGGCACUAUUGGGGCCUUCGUGUUCAUGGCCAGCACACCAAGACUACAAGCCACAAGAGGAGGACUGUUGGUGUCUCUAAGAAGCAUUGA